AUGAGCUCCCCAGAUGGGCCGAGCUUCCCUUCGGGCCUGCUCUCUGGGGGCGCCUCCCCCAGCGGCGACGAGGGCUUCUUCCCCUUCGUGCUGGAGCGGCGGGACUCAUUCCUGGGAGGGGGCCCAGCGCCAGAGGGGCCGGAGGACCUGGCCCUGCAGCUGCAGCAGAAGGAGAAAGACCUGCUGCUGGCUGCCGAGCUCGGCAAGAUGCUCCUGGAGCGCAACGAGGAGCUGCGGCGACAGCUGGAGGCCCUGAGCGCACAGCAGGCGGAGCGGGAAGAGCGGCUCCAGCAGGAGAACCAUGAGCUGCGCUGGGGUCUGGCAGCCCGGGGUGCCGAGUGGGAGGCCAGAGCUGUGGAGCUGGAGGGGGACGUGGAGGCCCUGCGAGCCCAGCUGGGAGAGCAGCGCUCCGAGCAGCAGGACAGCGGGCGCGAGCGGGCGCGCGCUCUGAGCGAACUCAGCGAGCAGAACCUCCGGCUCAGCCAGCAGCUGGCCCAGGCCUCCCAGACCGAACAAGAACUUCAGAGGGAGCUGGACAGCCUUCGAGGGCAGUGCCAGUCUCAGGCUCUGGCCGGGGCAGAGCUGAGGACUCGACUGGAGAGCUUGCAGGGGGAGAACCAGAUGCUGCAGAGCCGCAGGCAGGACCUGGAGGCCCAGAUCCGGGGCCUCCGCGAGGAGGUGGAGAAGGGCCAGGGCAGGCUGCAGACCACCCACGAGGAGCUGCUGCUGCUGCGGAGGGAGAGGCGGGAGCACAGCUUGGAGCUGGAGCGGGCGCGCUCCGAGGCCGGGGAGGCGCUGAGCGCGCUGCGCAGGCUGCAGCGGCGCGUCUCCGAGCUGGAAGAGGAGUCGCGCCUCCAGGCCGCCGACGCGUCGUGCGCCUCGCUGCAGUCGGAGCUCGCCUGCACCCUUGAGACGGGCCAGGCCCAGGCCCCGGACGCCAGCGUGGGCCGAGACACCCAGACCAGUGUGCUCCCGGAGACCCAAGAGGUGUCCAGCCUCCAGCCUGCCUCCCGCGAGGAGAGCCUGGAGCCUCCCAAGAAGCGAGCAGCCCGCAGCCCCGCCGAGAUCCUGGAGGAGAGCGAGGCGGAAGUGGCCAGGCUGCAGGAUGAGGUCACGCUGCAGAGGGAAGAGCUCCAGUCCCUGAGACAGGAGCUGCAAAGGCAGAAGGAGCUGCGGGCACAGGACAACCCCGAGGAGGCCCUGAGCGGCGCCCUCGCCGACCGGGAGGAGGCCGUGAGCAAGACCCGGGAGCUGUCCCUGGAGCUGAGCCGCGUCUCGCUGGAGCGAGACUCCCUGUCCCGGGAGUUGCUGCGCACCAUCCGCCAGAAGGUGGCGCUGACGCAGGAGCUGGAGGCCUGGCAGGACGACAUGCAGGUGGUGAUCGGGCAGCAGCUGCGCUCCCAGCGCCAGAAGGAACUGGACGCGGCCGCGGCGGCGCCCCCGCCACGCCGCCCCGCGCCGCGCUUCUCGCUGCGGGACGGCUUCCUCACCAACCUCUUCCGAAGGACCUGA